AUGACGCAGCAGCCACGCGUCAACUGGAUGAGUGCAUCGCACAAACGAUCCUGCAUGGAGUGCACGCUUUCGGUGAACUUUUGUAUAAAACAAAACGGGGAAAGCAUCUUCGGAGCAUUCGACCUUUCACCAGUUUCAUAAAUGUGGAAACUCUUCAGUUUACUGAUUACGACUUUUUGCUGCGCUAGUAGUGCUGUAGCUUACGAUGGGUACAUUUCGGAAGCAUAUUUGAUAGUGCAACGAGUGUUGGACCGUUUGCUGCAAGAUACUACAAAACUGCACGAUAUAUUGUGUGUGAAUUGUGAUGAACAAAUUUUUGAAGAUGUUAUAAUCAAUUUGCAAAAAGAGCGACCUUUCGUAGCGAUGAGGCGAUUUUCCCUAACUGCAAGCAGUAAGGUAUUGUUAGUGGACACGCAUCGGACUCCGUCGCUGGUUUUACAAAUUUGCACACCAAGGUCGCAUUGCGUGUGGGAUGAAUCCUUUCAAUAUUUCAAUCCAUAUAAGUAUGCUGUAUUUAUUCAACUCAUUCAUGGACUAGACAGUUCUACAAUAAUUAAUUAUGCGAAUGAAAUAGCCACUAGUGGCAUCGUACAGAUACUGCAGUUCAUCGCACCUUCUACCAACCGUGGCAAGGCUAGUGUUCACGUAACCGGUGCUCUUACGAACAAAUUGAUAAAGGUAUUCAAUGACAGUGAUGCGGAAGGAAAGUUAUUCGAUAGUACCUUAACCAGCUUUAAGAACUUUCCGUAUGAAGUGGGCUUUGUGCCAGUAGUUGCUAGCAUGUAUAGAAAAGGUGCACUAUACAGCAGUAUGGAGAUAAAUAUCUUUAGAUCCAUUGUUCAGCAACAAGGAGCGACAUAUCGUUAUCAUCCCGAAGUUGAUCUGCAUAUACUGUUGAAAAAGCUGCUGACGGGAAGAAUGCAUGCCAUAUUAAAUUCCGUUGAAACAUCAGUAAAACAUUUCGAAUUCGCAUAUUUUAAGGACAUACAAGAGUAUUGUAUUAUUUUACCGCGGCGGUACGAACGAAUGCAUCUGCAGCUCCUGCUAACACCAUUCAAAUGGCAAAUAUGGUUGAUGAUAGUGCUUAUCCUGGUAGCUAUUCAAAUAAUAAGCAUUAUAUUUCCCGAGCGUGUGCCGAAUUACUUAGUAUUGAAGUGUUUUUUUGGUGGUGGAGAACGGGAACAUCACCUGAAUACAGGCAUUCGCCUAAUAGUUCUAGUGAUAUGCAUUCUAAUUUUUCUGUUUACCGAAACUUACCAAGCGAUUCUUCUCUCCCUAAUGUCGGCUGAUCCGUAUGUUAAGAAUCCUGAAACAAUCGAAGAAUUCAUAGAGCAAAACCAAACCUUGUUCAUUUUGAAGGGCACACGAUCGGACGUGCCGAUUAAAUUAAGAAAUCUAUUAAAAGUUGUGGACGGAAUGGAUCUUACGAUGACCUUAAAUAAUGCGACGGUGGCCAGCUGCGAUUUGGGACGUAUGCUGAACAAUAAUCCAUAUGACUGGGAAGUUGCAAGAAAAGCCGAUCUGAUAGUGAUCAAGCCACCCUUGUAUUGCCGUAUGAGACACAUCAUUUUUAGUUGGACAUGCCCAGCAGUUAGAGAGUAUCAGAGAUACAUGGACCGCUUCUACGAUGUAGGACUUUAUCAUAGAUAUAAAAAAACUAAUAGCCCAAAACGAGUGUACACACGGAGGAAUCAAUCUUUUAACAAUUUGAUUGUACUUACAGAUGAUCUUAUUCCUGUGUGGGAGCUGCUGGGAACGGGUUUAUCGGUAGCUUUAGCAUGUUUUGUAUCCGAGAACUUGGUACACAGAUUGCACUACAUCACUCAAAAAGUAAACCGUUUCAAUAAGUAA